CUAUGCGCGUAACACUGAAAGCGGGUGUAAGAAUCUUACACUUUAUAACAUGAAAUUUCAGACCUAAUAGUUCAGUCAUGUCUCUCGAUGUGGCCAGUAAAGAUUUUUGGAGUGCAACUUCCAGAUGCACUAUCGGAGAAAGAUGCAAGUUCAUGUUCAACAACGAGCUCUUGAGCGAUGUAAAAUUUGUCGUUCGAGACGCUGCACACGGAAGUAGAAGCAUGAAGAAGAUUCCAGCUCACAAGUUCCUGUUGGCGAUCAGUAGCCCUGUAUUUUAUGCCAUGUUUUACGGCGAAUUGGCCGAGAAGAAAGAUUCAAUCGAUAUCUCUGAUUGCGAUCAUGAGAGCCUAUUGGAGUUGUUUCGUUUCAUGUACAGCGAUAAAGUGAUCUUGAACGGAGACAAUGUCAUGCAAGUGCUGUAUUUGGCCAAGAAAUACAUGCUUCCUUCCCUCGCUGACAAGUGUACAGAGUUCCUUCGAGAAAACUUGGAUGCGUCAAACGUGUUCCAUGUUUUGCCAGCCGCGCAGACGUGCGAAGAAAAAGAUCUUGAAUGUCAUUGCUGGAAAGUGAUCGAUAACCAGACAGACGAAGCUGUGAAAUCGGAUGGUUUCGUGACAAUCAAGAAAUCAUUGCUGGAGACAUUAGUCGAAAGAGAUUCGUUGAAUGUGAAGGAAGUGGAGUUAUUCAAAGCUGUCGAUUGCUGGGCUACAAAGGAAUGUGAAAAGCAAGGCCAAGCAGCAAAAGGUCGAGGUAAAAGAAGGAUCCUUGGAGAACGGAUCGUUAAGGCAAUUCGUUUUCCUGUGAUGGAGCAAGAGGCAUUCGCCGAUGUUGUCCUUGACUGUGAUAUACUGACAAAGGAAGAGUCAUUCGAACUGAUGAAGUAUUUUAAUUCGUUAUUGAAGUUUCCUGUGGGAUUUUCUGAAGUUCCAAGAGCUGGUUCUCAUCAUAAUCGCCGAAUAAUAAGCAGGUUUGAAUCUUUAGACAAAUGUAAUGGCGUUUGGUCUUAUUCGUGCUAUCCUAACAGUACUAGCUAUCGCGAUUCAAUGCUUAUCUCGGUUGAUAAAAGCAUAAUGCUGCAUGCAGUUCGUCUAUUUGGUAGCGAACAUAAUGAAUAUUCAGUAACACUAGAGGUAAUUGAUUCCAAUGGUGUUAUUUUGGCAACUAAAACAGGCAAGUUCCUGUCCGAACUUAUGCAAAGUGAAAGAGGGAAGUUCACGGCAUUGAUAUCGUGUUCAAGGGGAGAGAAGGCCGUUGUAGCGGGAAUUCAUAAACAUUAAGCAGCACCGUCGAAAAUCGAGGGUUUCCGCACUGUCAAGCUUAAUGACAUUAUUGAUAUUCGUCCUCUGUUUAUCAGUAUGAACUAGGAUGACUUCGUUGAAAGAAGUUCGCAAUCAGCUCUUGAUAAUCCACGAUGAGGGUGUGUUAAACGAUGACGAACUUCUACUCUUGAACGAUUUAAACCGGUCUAAUGAUCUCGACCAACCUUAUGAUUCCUUUCCUGAUUUUAACUUCGAUGGUUUCAAGACGACGAUUACGUGUCCUAAUUUCGCUUCCACAAACGCAACUUGCCCCUUCUCGCUGAGUUGUACAAUGAAGUAAAUGAACUUAUUAUCAGCAGAUGUUAAAUCAGACUGGCGCGACAAAUGUGUGCCGACUGAUAAAGAUCUAAGUAAACCACUGAUCUUACGACUGAAAAUGGAAAGAGCUACACAAGUUUUAAUGGUGUAUACCGUUUUAAAUGUGUUAGAAUUUCACCAUAAUUAGCCAUUUGACAUUUGAGUUCUUCUUGAAAGGAAAAAUUUCGAUUGAAAUUCGUGUAAGUUGUCUUUAUUUACAUAAGCUUUCAAAAGAUAUUUCACGGUACUCACAUGUUCGCCGACUGGCUUGAGUUCGCUUCAGAUUUCUCGACGUUUCUAUAAAAUGAGAUAUCUCACAUAAGAAGAGAUCUAGAAAACAAGCAUUAAAGGUCCUCGAAAUUAGUAACACGGGUUAUUUAGCGUUGACACGGCAGAGGAAAUGAAAGCGAAAACUCACGUUUUCAGACAACGCGAAAAGAGCUUGACUCGCGUCGCGCCCGAACGCAUUCUCGUCCCCAGAGCCUCCGUUUCUUUUGGUCACGUGGUCGGAGA